AUGGCGACCUUCCGGCUGACACGACGGCAAAAGAGACUACUGCAGCGAGGCUCCUUGGCUAUCCUCGCCUUGAUCGCGAUUAUCACGAUCUGGAACCGGCUUCGUUCCAGCGGCAGGUCUGACCUUUCACGCUUCAAAGUAUCGAAUGUCCGGGAGAUCCUUCCCCCAAGGAAACGUGACGGCUGCCUGGCCACUUACGAAGAGGAGAAUAUCGUCAUCAUUGUCAAGACCAGCGCCUCUGGAGAUCCAGGGCGGCUACAAGUACAAUUACAAUCAUCACUCCGCUGCGUCAAAGAUCUCCUCAUCGUCUCGGACUUGGAUGCUGUGGUAGAUGGAUACCAGAUCCACGACGUACUACAAUCCGUCGACCCGGCUAUCCGAGAUCAUGAUCCGGACUUCGACCUCUACCAUGCUCAACUUACUCUUUCAGCCCAAGGUUUUACGCCCGAGCGACUCGGGGAUAUAUUUCGAGGGAGUCCUAAAGUGGCGGUGCUGGAGAAGUAUAUAGCUUUACAGAUGCUGCGGAGGGCCUAUGAAGAGAUGCCGGGACGGGCGUGGUAUGUCUUUCUUCAGAGUGAUACGUAUCUGAACUGGGCGAAUCUUGUAACUUGGUUGGAGCGGAUGGAGGCGAGCCAGGGGCUCUUCAUCGGCGCACCGAACGUCAAGGCCGGGAUUAGAUAUAAUGACCUUAGUAGCGGCUUCGUGCUCUCGGCCUCUGCUCUGCAUGCCCUCGCUACUCAGCCGGCGGAGUUCUUCGCGGCUUGGGAGAAGCGGACGGCGCGGGAGGGAAGUGGGGAUAUGGUGCUCUCGCUCGCUUUGGCAGACGUCGGACUGAAUGUUAGUGGUGUGUGGCCUAUGCUUGGUGGGGACUCGUUAUAUGAGACGGCUUAUGGGAGGGCAGGGGCGUGGUGCCAGCCCAUCAUUACUUUGCGAGGUAUAGAUGGGGAGCAGAUGAGUGAAUUGUGGGGAUUGGAGAGGGAGGUGGAGCAGGCAGGGCGUAAAGCCAGACUGGGAUAA